UUUAGUGAGAGUGGGCUCUUGACACUAAUGAUGUUUUUUGCGAUUAUAAAUUUAUGUCUUCUAUAUAUGCCUUAUUUUCUGGUGGGUUUGGGACACUUGGGAUAUUUUUUCUAAAUAACAUAUUUUCUUAAAUAUAAACAAGAUUGUUAAAACAAUUGCCUAUUUUCCUCUUCCCAUGCAUCUAUAUUACUAGGUUAAUUACAUUCACACACUCAAUUCAUAUGUGCUUGAUUCACAUUUCUCCCUCCCUCUUUCUCUGAAACGUCUAGCAAAAUGAGUUUCAAGCCUUCUUCUUUUUCUUCUUCUUCCUUCUUUUUCCUUCUAUUUUUGUUCUUCUUCUUUGCUUCUCAUGUCUCCUCACAAGCCUGUCAAAAAACAUGCGGCCAAAUACCCAUCAAAUACCCGCUUGGAACCGGGUCGGGUUGCGGUGACCCACGUUUCACGCGUUACAUCAAGUGCGACCCAGACCAACAGACUUUGACGCUAACCACCCACACAGGCUGUUACCCUAUCACUUCGGUCGACUACGCCAAGCAAGUCAUCUACGUCACCGACCCGUCAAUGUCCACGUGUGCAUGUACCCGACCCAGUCGCGGAUUCGGGUUGGAUUGGGAUGCUCCGUUUUCUUUCCACGACGACACCGUUUUCACGCUCCUUGACUGUUCUGUUGACGAAUCCCCUGUUUUCACGCCGUUAAGUAACGGUACCGGACGUGUCUCCCUCUGUGACCGUCAAAGCUCCUCCAUUUGCACCUUCUUGUACUCCAAUUGCAGGGCAAUAAGUCUAAUAAACCUCCAAGUGUCAACGUGUUGCGUCUACGUACCGUUAGAUCUCGGACCAUCGUUCGAAAUGGAUCUACGGAAACUUCGGUGCUCGUCGUACUCGGGUUUCUACAAUCUUGGUCCGGGCCAAGAACCUCACCCGGAGAACUGGAACUACGGAAUCGCACUCAAAUACAAGUUCAACGUCUUCGAUGAGUACCCUGUCGUGUGCGGUGGCUGCGAGCGUAGUAACGGUGCUUGUGGCUACAACACUCAGACUAGCUCAUUCGUUUGUAAUUGUCCCGGCGGGAUCAACACGACGUCCGAUUGCUUCUUUCUUUAUAACUCCGCUUCUAUUCUUCUUCCUUGGUUCUCAAGAGAAUGGGUGAUGUACCCUUUGUCAUGGGUUGUUAUUUGGACAGUGAUGAGUCUGCCUCAAAGAAGUUAAAGGUUCUCGCGUUAGUCAAUUCAAUUUGGGAGCAUCAAUGGAUGGAGUGGUUUGAAGAGAAAGCUUAAUACAGAUCGAAUAUUUGCUUCUUCUUUCUAGAACUUUGUGAUAUAUAUCAUGGUAUAAGAUUCUCUAUUAAUU